AUGCACCAGGAAAGGACAGCAGCGGGUGCCCCUGAGUUCAAGCUGAGGUUUCGCUGUAUUCGCGUAGCAGAUAGUCGGCGGUUUGGACUGGAAGAGGCCGUGGAGAUCUGGCAUGCUCUGCAGGAGUCGCUUGCCAUGGCCAGAGAAGAUCGCCGACACAGACGGCAAAGGCUGCAGGAUGCUGUGCCGAGACAAGGAGAAACCCCGGAGCAGCGGAGACAGGCUAGAGUGGAGAAGGAGCGGAUUCUGCAGCAAAAGAGGGAGGAACAGCAAAGGAAGCAACGGCUUCGCCAGUACAAGAGGUGGCAGCGGGAGGAAAAGCGCCAGCAGAAAAAG